UUGUGACUGAACUUCUCAGGCAUAACACCCAUCAGGAGUGGCACAGGGACCUAAGGCAGGCCACCACAGCCUGCACCCAGCCUGCCCCAGGGAGCCACACUCCGGAUCUGACAGCACCGCCCAAACAGAACCUCCAGCUUCUUGAAACUGGCUGUAAACAGAGAGAGGGAGGAGCCGCUGUGCCUGCCAAGCAAGGCAGGAACCUUAGUAGUGGAGCCUCACAGGCCACCAUGUGGGGCUGCAGCUGGCUCAAUGGGACAGGCAGGGGUGAGGAGCUGCCUGUCUGCCAGGACUUGCAGCUUGGGCUGUCUGUGCUCUCACUGCUCUGCCUGGCUGCAGGUGUCCCCGUCGGCCUCUGCUACAACAGCCUGCUGGUGCUGGCCAACCUGCACAGCAAGAGCAGCAUGACCAUGCCAGAUGUGUACUUCGUCAACAUGGCUGUGGCAGGCCUGGUCCUCAAUGCCCUGGCUCCCGUGUGCCUCCUUGGCACUCCUGGCUCAGGAUGGGUCCCAUGGAAUGUCAGCAGUGAGGCACACAUUGCACUGCUGAUCCCAUUCAACGUGUCCUCCCUGGUGGUCACAUACUCCACCACCCUGCUCAGCCUUGACCACUACAUUGAGCGGGCACUGCCACGGACCCACAUGGCCAGUGUGCACAACACCCGGCAUGUGUGUGGCUUUGUCUGGGGCGGGGCUCUGCUGACCAGCUUUUCCUCAUUGCUCUUCUACGUCUGCAGUCGUGUGUCCUCCCGGGUCCUGGAGUGUGCCAAGAUGCAGAGUGCGGAGGCGGCUGAUGCCAUUCUGGUGCUCAUCGGCUAUGUGGUGCCUGUGCCGGCUGCCCUGUAUGCACUGGUGCUCAUCUCACGCAUCCAGAAGGCAGACACACCCCUUGACCAGGACACAGGGAGGCUAGACCCCUCAGCACACAGGCUCCUGGUGGCGACUGUGUGCACACAGUUUGGGCUCUGGACGCCUCACUACCUGACCCUUCUAGGGCACACAGUCCUGGUCUCUCAUGGGAAGCCAGUGGACGCUCACUAUGUGGGGAUAGUGCACCUUGCACAGGAUUUAUCAAAGCUCCUGGCCUUCUCAAGCAGCUUUGUGAUGCCUCUUCUUUACCGCUACAUGGACAAAAGCUUCCCCAGCAAGCUCAGGCGGCUGAUGAAGAAGCUGCACUGUGGGCACCAGCACUGCUCCCCAGACCCCACAGGGCUCCAGCAGGUGCUGACGUAGGCAGUCUGGGACAGGUGAUCGAUCCCCCCACUUAUUACCCCCAGGACAUAAACUGGAGUUCCUAUGGAUGUGUGGCUCUUUGCUAACCUGGACACCACAGCCUGUUCUUCCCAGAAAGAGACACACCAACACAAGAAGAACACAGGGUGUUUUUCUUGAGGUUUUCUAUGUUUUUCCCCAGAAGGCCGCUCUUAAUCCAAGGCUGUGUUGUUCAAAGCAACAGAGGCCUGGUGUGAAGAAUCAGCUGCGUCCUUAUUAACUCCCCUCCUCUCUCCACGAGCUGUGUGUGUGUUGUUCCCACACACACCUGCGAGGCCCAAGCCCGACAAUGUGUUCUCCAGCAGCCUCCCCAGUGUCAGGCUUCCAUGAAGUGAUAAAAAUCUAAAGCCACUAUUUAUACUUUGAA